UGGCUCAGACACAGGGAUCGCCGGCUCGCGUCCCGGAGCCUCCCGGCGCUGGCUGUCCGCGCCUCCGGCUGCUUGGAGGCGGCAUGGCCACAGUGGCCGCGGUGGCCCGCGGGGCCGGGGCGAGGGCGGCGGCGGGGCUGCGGGGCGGCAGCGGGGCUGCGGCUCGGGGACGGCCGCGUGCGAGCUGCGCUCGGCGCCUGUGCACCGCCCCGGCCGCCGUGGACAUGAAGCGCUACCUGUGGGAGCGCUACCACGAGGCGAAGAGGAGCACGGACGAAUUGGUUCCUUCCAUCAUGAGCAACUUGCUGAAUCCAGAUGCCAUUUUCUCAAACAACGAGAUGAGCCUGUCGGACAUUGAGAUAUACGGCUUUGAUUAUGAUUACACCCUGGUGUUCUACUCCAAACAUCUCCACACGCUCAUCUUCAACGCUGCUCGGGACCUUCUCAUCAAUGAACACAGGUAUCCUGUGGAGAUCAGGAAGUAUGACUAUGACCCGAACUUCGCCAUCCGUGGACUCCAUUACGACGUCCAGCGGGCAAUAUUGAUGAAGAUCGAUGCUUUUCAUUACAUCCAGAUGGGAACCGUCUACAGAGGCCUCAGUGUUGUCCCCGAUGAAGAAGUCAUCGACAUGUACGAGGGAUCCCACGUGCCCUUGGAGCAGAUGAGUGACUUUUAUGGAAAGAGUUCUCACGGGAACACCAUGAAACAGUUCAUGGACAUCUUCUCCCUGCCUGAGAUGACCCUGCUGUCCUGUGUGAAUGAGCACUUCCUAAAGAACAACAUUGACUAUGAGCCGGUGCACCUGUACAAAGAUGUCAAGGACUCCAUAAGGGAUGUCCACAUCAAAGGAAUAAUGUACCGAGCAAUUGAAGCGGAUAUUGAGAAGUACAUCUGUUAUGCCGAGCAGACCCGUGCGGUGCUGGCUAAGCUGGCCGCCCACGGCAAGAAGAUGUUCCUCAUCACCAACAGCCCCAGCAGCUUCGUAGACAAAGGGAUGCGGUAUAUCGUGGGGAAGGACUGGCGGGACCUGUUUGAUGUGGUCAUAGUUCAGGCCGAGAAGCCGAACUUCUUCAAUGAUAAGCGGAGACCUUUCCGGAAGGUGAACGAGAAAGGUGUCUUACUCUGGGAUAAAAUCCACAAGCUUCAGAAAGGCCAGAUCUACAAGCAGGGCAAUCUGUAUGAAUUUUUGAAGCUCACAGGAUGGAGAGGCUCCAAAGUGCUGUAUUUUGGUGACCACAUAUACAGUGACCUGGCGGAUCUGACGCUGAAGCAUGGCUGGCGCACUGGAGCGAUCAUCCCCGAGCUGCGGUCCGAGCUCAGAAUCAUGAACACGGAGCAGUACAUUCAGACUAUGACCUGGCUGCAGACCUUGACUGGGCUCCUGGAGCAGAUGCAGGUCCACAGAGAUGCUGAGUCACAGCUGGUUUUGCAGGAGUGGAAAAAGGAGAGGAAGGAGAUGAGAGAAAUGACCAAAAGCUUCUUCAACGCCCAGUUCGGGAGCUUGUUCCGCACAGACCAGAACCCGACCUACUUCCUGAGGCGCCUGUCGAGGUUUGCUGACAUCUACAUGGCCUCUCUCAGCUGCCUGCUGAACUAUGACGUCCACCACACGUUCUACCCCAGGAGGACUCCCCUGCAGCAUGAGCUCCCCGCAUGGUCAGACAGCCCGUCUGCCUUCAAAGCCCCGCUGCUGCAGCAGGCUCAGGCCAAGUAAUCUGUGUCUGCCUGAGGAAAAAGCCGGAAGCAGCCACGGCCCCACCGAGGGCCCAGUGGGCCUGAGAGUUGCUCUCCCAAAGAGUCAGAUAACACCUUUUGUAUUUUUUUCUACCUUACCGCAAAUACUGUCCUGUCCAGGUGGAGACAGGAGCGGGGGCCCUGGGUCGUGUCCUCUACACACAGCGUUGAAACACGGAUGCCGCCUUGUUUACUCUGGAACCAACAGCAGGCCUUCUGAGACGAGCGAGACUGCUUGCCGCUGUCUGUGUUCAGCAGGUCAAGAGAGGACACGUCUUGAUCCUGUGAGACAUUUCUUGGUUGUUUACAGGCAGAGCAUUGGGGACCGGGAGAGCACGGUGACAUCUGCAGCCAGUUCCCGGUCCUCUGGUCCUAGGCUUUUGCAGACUUCUACACGUUGCUCCGAGAGACCACAGCCUCCCAGAAUGACUUUGUUGAGGAAGAACAAGACUUUGUCCUCAGUGUGAACUUGCUUUGCCGGCCCUGAGCUGCCGACGGGGGUGAUGGGCGGAUUCCCUCCUCCCCUGGGCGUGGGUGAGGAGAUGGCAGCUCUGGUUAAAAUUGCCUUUAAGCUGGUGGAUCGGACAUUGUAGGAGAAGAAAGGCAGCAAAGCCUGGGGGCUCCGUCCGCGGCCAGUGCAAGCCUGUGUGUGGGGCACUUGGGACACACUGUGUCCACAAGCUCACUGGUGGAAUUUCACAUUUAAUGCCAAGAGCCAAGCUCACGAGGGGCAUCUCUUCCUCCCUCCCCUCUCGGGGGGGGGGGCAGAAUCCUCUAUUAUGUCUGCUUUGCAGUAUCUUUGAACAUAUUCGAUGCCCCGAGGGCCACAGCAAUGGCAGUUGUUAGAGGACACAGUCCUGUUUAAAUGGUUUCAUUGUGAAUGCCACGUGAGUCCUCGUGGCUAGAUCAGCCUGGUCUCAUGUGGCCUGGCUCAUUUUAAGCUUUUGCGCUAAUGUGGCGCCGCUGCUUCCAUAGCUGCUCUUCUUUCCCCCCUCUUCCUCCUCUCCCACUCCAUUCCCCCCCAUCUCCAGUUAGGGUCUUGCUACGGAGCCCAGGCUGGCCUUGGACUCAAUCCUCCUGCCUCAGUCUCCUGAGUGGUGAAUUACGGGCCUGCGACUGUGGUGUGGCAUGCAGUGAGUCUAAAGAAUGGCACGAGCAUGAAGGAGGCUUGUGGCGAGCGCUCGCUAGUUGACAUCUCUACUACAAUAAGUAGAUUGCCCCUGGCUGCUGACAGACCGCUUUUGUGGCCUUCUGUGGGCUGUCUGCCACAGCACAGAGGUGAAAUGGGCUGUCCAGCGUUCACCGCCAUGCCGUGUGUUACCACGGCGCUCCUUGAUGUCUGCUGUGCUGACCAUCAUCACAAAGCUGACCCUUCAGACCCCCUCCUCCCGUGUUGUGUUCUGAACACUGGGGUUCGGUGUUCUGCUUUUUAAGGACAGGAUGGGCGUUUUUCUGUUCCCUUGUUUUCCCCAGUGUUAGCCACCAGGGGCUCUUGGCGGCUGGCAUCUAACGCCAGCAGGUGAUGCUCAGCACCGCUCAGAUGCUGCCCAGGAUGCCCCUGACUUGUGCUUCGUAGGCACAGAAUGAAUUUGUGGUCUAUUCAGAUACCCUUCAGUAUCGACUGGAUGCCAGUUCCGGGUGGAGGGGGGGUUGUUUACUCAAGAAUGAAGUAGAACUGCUUUCUUGAAUGCCUACCGCAGGUGACCUAAGCCUUGGGGGAGAAAAACAUCUCCUGGGUAUGAGAAAUGAAUUUUACAGUCUAUUCCUGUGAAGGAGGGUAACAGUCUUGGGAUCAGCAAACAAGUAGCUGCAGACUGCACACUCAGACCCGUGCCCUGGCAGUGUGGCCUGGUGUGGCGUCCUUGUAGGAAGAACGGGAGUUUCUGCUGUGUUACUGUCCUUGUCUGGUGCCGUCAGGACAGGUUUUAACUUGUCACAGGGACUCUUGGCUGGGGUCUGACUUACUCUACUGGUGUCUUGUUUUUGUGUGCUCAUUGAUGACAGGCUAUAGAUUUAAAAAGAGAGGUAGAUCUUUUUCCACCUUUUAAAAAACCAAAUUGUAAAGCAAACAUUGUUUUUUGUUUUGUUUUGUUUUUUUGAGACAGGGUUUCUCUGUGUAGCUUUGCGCCUAUCCUGGAACUCACUCUGUAGUCCAAGCUGGCCUUGAACUCAGAGAUCCACCUGCCUCUGCCUUCCAAGUGCUGGGAUUAAAGGCGUGCGCCACCACCGCCCAGCAAUAAAAUUAUUUUUAUUAUCUUUAAAAUCAUAGGGUUUUUUUUUGAUAUUGCUUAGACUGAUUUUCUAAGAAUCAAGUGAACAAAAAUUGACUCUAAGGGCAGUCCAUGCCAGUGUGAUACCCAGCAAGGUUUGUGGUGCCAGCGGGGGCUGCCUGAGCAAUGUUUACUGCUGGCCUUUCCGUGAGUUCUUCUUCAGGGGAGAACUGGCCUUAAUACCUUAGGUGUUGGGCUUUUGAAGCUCUUGCUUUUCCUCCUAAAAUAGCACCCCCCUUCCCUCCUCCCUCCCCCUUCCUUCUCUCCCCUCCCCACUUUCUUUCUUUUCUCUUCCCCCUCCCUUCCUCCCCUUUCCUUCUUUGGCCUCUGCUCUCACCCCCCCAUCCUCCCUCCUCUCUCACCAUUAAUAAUCUCCUCCUGAUCUGGUCAGCUCUCAGACUAAAUUACUAGCUGCUUUGAAUGCAUCAGCCCUCUUAUUUAUUGGAAGGGAGAAGCGAAAGGCACUCAAGCCUCCUACCUAAUUUAGCUUCUGGUGAAUGGAAUGGCUUCCCCCUCCCCUCCCCUGAGCAAGCGCUAAAUACUGAAAUUCCACUUUGUCUAAACACUCAUUGGCUGCCAAAAACCUACUUGGGGGGCUCUUGACUAAAAUGCUCAAAAGACUAAAUUUGUCGAGGGAGCCGAUCCGUGCUUUCCCCUUUCUCAGUGACACCCCAUCCCCUCAGGGUCUCAGUAUGUAGCUCUGGCUGGCCUGGAAGUCACUUUGUAGAACAGGUUGGCCUCAGAGCGUUGGGAUAAAAUGCAUAUACCACCAUGCCUGGCAUGGUUUCCUUUUGUUUGGAAGGGUUUUUUUCCUUUCUUCUUUGUUUUCUUGUUAUUUAUUAUGUAUAUAUGUUUUUGGCCAAGCUCAGCCACCCUUUCAGGCCACUGAUAGGCUAAGCCAAGGGAAGGAAGAGGAGUGGAGCUCUUCUUUUUUUUCUUUUUCUUUUUUUUUUUUUUUUGAGACAGGGUUUCUCUGUGUAGUUUGGCGCCUGUCCUGGAUCUCGCUCUGUAGGCCAGGCUGGCCUCGAACUCACAGAGAUCCGCCUGGCUCUGCCUCCCGAGUGCUGGGAUUAAAGGCGUACACCACCACCGCCCAGCGAUGGAGCUCUUCUAAUAAGAGAAUGAUUUCAACUUUGCAGGCGGCUCCCAUUGCGGCCCCUGUGGAAAUGGGAGCACAGUUCCAUUGGGAUUUCAUUCACCAGCACAGGCUGUGGGCUAGGCGGGGCUCUUGGCUAUGGCCUGCUCGAUCCUGCUUGGGUGGCAAGAUUCUUUGCUGGGAGCUUGCGGAGGAGCAGCCUCCCAGCCCGGGGACACUAGUGUAAGGUCUGGGUCAGUGUGCCGUGGCCCCUUAGGAGCCACUGUCUGCCACAUGGUUCUCCAUAUGGCAGUGUAAGUACUGUGUCUGCAGUACCUGCCAACAUUGCGUCCCCAUGUGCAUUUCAGCUACCUGUUGCCCUUGUCACUGUUUAGCUGGGCCCAGGACGGAGGGCUAUCAUCCCAGCUGCUGGGCGUGGCUUCUGGCUGAUGUGUUGCUCUUGGAGAAAUUCCCUGAUGCACACGCCUUUCCUGGGGAUGUAUGAUCCAUGACUGUUCCAUGUGACGGUACUCCGGCCUCUCCAACACUUGGGACAGUUCCAGAGCUCCCUCUGGGGCCACCAAGACCUCCUUGUACUUGCCUUGCAUUUCAGAACCCACCUUACCCACUGGUCCGCCCCUUCCCUUCCCAGAUGUUGCUCCCAGCAGUACUCCAUGUAAGACCCUCCUGCAUGAAGCAUUUGUUCCCAGGCUCCUCCCUCAACAGUGCUCCUGUGUUUUCUGUUAACGCAAGCUUGCGCUCCAGUGUAGUACUUGUGUAGUGGAAUGAUCGAGUGUGCCUGUGUGGUAUCGGGCACGGUAAGUGCAAAGUAGCUUGACUAUUUAUUUGGAAUGUGAACUUGCUAUUUAUUCUACAUGUUGAUUGUAUAUGUUGUGAUAAUGAGCUUACAGUCAAAUAAAAGCUUGAGCUGUA